CCCCGCCGCGGCAGACCUCGCCUGAUGGGGACGGUUCGGUGUUGAUGGGGAACGAGAAGGAAUGAAAUGCUAAUGGUUGCAAAAACAGCCUAACAGAUAAUCAAUGAUGAAGACAUCUCAAUCCGAAUCACUUCCUUCAAAACUGAUGCAUCGUCAGGUCCAGGGGCAUUUCCCCAAAAGAUCGAAGAUCCCAGCUUCGCUGUUCACAAAGUUUCCUGGCAGACUUGCAUUCUGUCUGAAGGAUAUUGUUCCAUCGCCCUCAGUAUUGAGCAAUCACAUUUUCCUGGGAUUCUCCAAAUGUGGUCAGUUUGUUAUUUCUUAUACUCAGAGCACCGAGUUCGAUGAGACGUCCAUGAUCUACAUGCAAUUCAGGUACCGGCUGCACUGGUGGAUCUUUGUGCCGCACCAGAAGCUGCGCAAGGCGGCCGAGGUGACGCUGUUCGGUGAGCAGACGGUGGAGAGCCGCCUGUUCCUGGCCGUCUGCUACUGGCCUGAGGAGGACCACCGCGUGGUGGUGUACGGCUGCAGCGAUCGAUCCGAGGACAGCGUGCAGGGCUCGCGCUGCUACCUGACCAUCACCGCCGUGCCCUCGCUGGACGCCUGUCUCGACUGUGUCCGUGUAGCCGAAUCAUACGGCGAGGACGAGCUGGCCGAGAGCUGGGACUCGUGCGUGCGCUUCAGCUGUCUCCGGCACGGCGCCACUGUGCACACGAGCUUCGAGCUGGUGCCACCGUUCCCCGUGUUCCUGCCGCGGCUGAGUCUGCGCCGACGCGGCGCAGUGGUCAUCAACACGGGCAACUUCCUGCACGUGGUGACGGCGCAGGUGGCGGCUCCGCGGCCGGAGCCGCCGCCGGCCGACGACGCCAGUUGCGCCGGCAGUGACCAGCUCUCGCUCAGCAGUCUGGAGGUGGACGUGGCUGAGGAGCCGGGGCCGGCCAACAUCAACGCCGACGAGUACGAGUUCUCCGAGGACGGCUCGGAAACGCACCGCGAGAACUUCACCGUUUUUCGCAAGAAGCGGUUGGCCGACAAGAAGUACGAGUUUUCAGACGAGAACUCUGAGAACGUGCCGCGCUUCUUCGCGGCGCGGCCGUCGCGCGUGCGGCCGGCUGUCGUGCCGCCGCCGCCUGCGCCCGGCGCCUGCUGCGUCCACCUGCGCCGACGCUACGUCGAGGUCGACGAUGAGCUCGUGUCCGUCAUCACCGACGUCGAAGAGGACGACCUGAGCCGGUCCACGGGGUACCACUACGCCUUGCCGCUGGAGGUGCACGGCUCCGGAUACUCCCAGAUGCACAUGGUCACCCAUUCGAAGGCGGAGAAGCUGGUGCUGCCCUGUGUGCUGGUCAGCCAGCUCAGCCUGGACGUCGAGCAGUUUUGCCACGAGAUAUCGCAGCGACUGUGCGCAGAGGCCGGCAAGAAGUACUGGUUCUGUAACGACUAUGACGUCGAGGUGGUGGAGGUGAAUCCGGACUCAGGUGACGUGGUGGCCGUGGCCGUGGUGCUGGUGCAGGCCGCCGUCAAGAUGAAGGGCCUCUCCAACGCCACCAGGCGGCCGCUGAGCUCGGUGCACCGGUACCAGUACCGGGCCUCGUUCACCUUCUCCUGGAACAUGGAGACGGGUCAGUACAGCAUGCUGACCUCGGACCGGCUGACGGAGGUGACGGACGCCCGGGACCUGCAGCCGGCCGGCGGCGGGCCGCGCUGGCAGCCGGCCCGCCUGCUGGCCACCGCUCUGCGGCACCCCAGCCCGCUGCCGCAGACCGCCUAUAACACCGUCAGGGUUAUGACCAACCAGCCGGCCCUCACCGGUACCUCACUGAAGACGAUCGUCGACCCGCACAACAUGUUGGCCCUGCUUCUGGCGCCGCAGAGGGCGGCCAGUGAGGAUCGGUGAUUGCGCUCCGGCUUGAUCUGGUCUGGUCUGGUCUGGUCUGGUCUGGUCUGGUCUGGUCCGGUCCGGUCCGGUCUGUUCUCUGGUCCGGUCCGGUCUGGUUGGUCUGGUCUGGUCCGAUGCAGCCCGGUCCGGUUCAGUCCAGUUCGACCCGAUGUGCUCCGGUUCGCCACCGCCCCGCAGCGUCGGCACCCGGCGGCUCGUUCCUUCUCGUUUCGUUCUUCGCUCCAUGGGCUGUGACUCAUUCGGGGACCCUGCGCGCCGAACAAUACUCGUCCGCUCGGUGGGAGCGGUGUGUCCGAGCGUGCCGUGCGGUGGGCACAGCACCGGCAGCGCUGCAUGGCACCGGCUGACAUGUCCCAGUCGUCUGUCCUCCGCUGCAGCCAGGCCUCUGCUAGCACAGGACCGCUGCUAAGACAUCGAUGUUUGUCCGAGGUUUCAAGAACGGGUGUGGAAGCGCGUAAAACACGACGUAUAACCGUCGUAAACCAGGCGCAUGACCGAAAGAUCGCAAAAUCUCGUACUUGAACCGGACUUACUGGCGAUGCCUUGUUUGGAACAAUGUCAUCAGCGGCUGUGGCGGCUCACGUUUUCUCUGCGCGAAUGGUGCAACAGCGGGUCAAGCAUUGGGCCAGUGGUGGCGAUGGGCACUAUUACUCGUUUCUUACCGAAUUUCUGCGUGUGUUGGCGAUGGCCGCAGGCUCUUACAGCUCCGUAUGCUCGGUAAAUAUGAUCGAUUCGCUGUCGCGGUCGCCGCGACACUCACGCGUGUUCCAGCGUCAGUAUUGCGUGAAAUCGCACUGUCGCCGCAUUGGCCGACUGCGCUCGCGACUGGUGGUCGUAUUUUCAGCAGUGUGAUACGCAACAGACGCCGGCCAAGCCGCCAGCGUAGUGCGCCCCGCCGGCUCACAGCCGGUCAUGCUGGUCCCGACUGCUCGAGGAUGGCGGCUGUCGAUGUGACACCAGCUCAGAUCUGACCGUGAGGGCGAGAUCGAAGCGUUCCUCCGGACGACUGGCCCUCCCCGUGCCCAUAUUCCGUUAUAUUUUGUUCUGAUGCGGGCGCGCGGCGUGGCAAUGAAGCGGCCCGGCCUGUGGCGCUUUCCGGUUGUGUGCUGAGACAUUUGGUGACAUAGAAUGCAGGCUCCGUGUUGUGAUUGAGAUGUAGAGCCUCGAGAAUCGUUUCUUUGUGUUCCUCAGUUUGCCCUCGAGACUGCUCAAUUGUCGUUACGGCCGACCGUUUGGCCGUAUAGUAGGAAAUCGUUGGGUUUGCCGCUCUUGAGUAGGUCAAUACACGGAUCACCAUGUGUGUCA